AUGGCGCAGACACCCGCUGGCAAGUCCACUGGAGGUGUCCUCCAGAUUCCUGUAGCAGCCACGCAAAAGAACGGUCCCACUGCUCCCAAGAAGCCUCCAAAACCAGCAGCGCCUCGACUCAAAUUGCUCGUCAGACGACUCCCUCCCGGCUUGACUCAGGCGGAAUUCGAAUCCGCAGUUGGGCCUGAAUGGAAGCCCGGCGCUGGCAAGGUGGGUUGGUUCCAGUAUAAGCCCGGCAAGGUUUCUAAAGACCCGGCUAAACCCUCUCGGCCUUCGCGCGCCUACAUUCACCUGAAUUCAAGCGAUCACAUCAUUCCUCUCUCCACCAAGGUCCGACAGACUUCUUUCAUCGAUGCUCGCAGUACCUCCAAUGAUCCUGUCCUCAUUGGACCCCCCUCCGUCGAGUAUUCCCCAUACGCGAAGAUCCCCGGCAAUCGUGUACGCAAGGACGCUCGUCAAGGAACAAUCGAUCAAGAUCCCGAGUUUAUCGCCUUCCUCGAGAGUCUCACCCAGCCCAUCGUGAAACCUCCUCCCGCCGAGACUAAUGAGGGAGAGGAAAAGAAGGAUGCGCCCAUCAUAACACCCCUGGUGCAGUACAUCAGAGAGAAGAAGGCCAACAAGGCAAAGGACUCUUCCAACAAAUCGUCGAAACACUCCAAGUCGGACAAGGAAGGAAAAUCAGAGAAGGUGCAGGCGAAGAAACUCCUGCAGCGACCGGACAAGGAGACUUCUCAGUCGGGCUCGGCAGAGAAGGGCGAGAAGAGGCCUAAAUCCGACAAGGCAACCAAGGAGGCUGUCAAGGCGGCUACCAAACAAGCCGCCAGUGUCUCCAAACAAAGUGGAAAGUCGACCGGGGCGCAGAAUUCUCCCAGGGAUUCUAGCCAGUCGGCUCCUACCUCUGAGCGCAAGAGAGAACGUGGAACUGUCGCUGCGGCGGCCAAGAUCCUGCAGCGUGAUCUAGGUCUGGCUCCGUCAGGUGGACGUCGCAGAGGGGGGAAGGCUGCCGCCGCGGCUGCUGCUGCUGCUGCUGCGGCCGCCGAGUCCGAUACGCCCAAGGCAGAGCAGGUCUCGGAAACUGGCAAGAAGGAUACGUCUACGAAGCCGCCCAAGGGAUCAUCAUCUCAAAAUGCAAAAGGUAGAGGUCAGGACGCACAAGCCACCGAACCGUCCUCCUCUCAGAAUCAAGCCGAAACAAAGACACCGGCCGCUGCCCCGUCGCAGGGCAAGUCGUCGAGAUCUACGAAAGGAAAGCAAGCAGCCCCGCCUACGACUGUGACCGCCACUCAGGCCUUCCUGAAACAUGCAAACCCAUCGCAGGGCGUCACUGAAACGUUACUCGACACCGCGUUCUCCCCGUUCGGCAAGAUCUUGAAGGUCGAGAUUGACAAGAAGAAGGGCUUCGGGUACAUUGACUUUGCCGAGUCCGAUGGACUUCAGAAAGCCAUCGCGGCCAGCCCGGUCACCGUGGCGCAAAGUCAGGUUGUCGUGCUGGAACGCAAGGCCAACCCCGGAGGCGAGAAGGGCCGUGGCAAGAAUCGCUCGGAGACACAACCUGCCGCCAACGGAGGCGGCGGUGGCACCAGCAGCAACAACAACAAUCGCGGUAGUGGUGGUGGUGGUGGUGGUGGAAAGGCAGAAGGGAACACCGGAUCGUCUCGCGGAUCCCGAGGCGGUCGAGGCAAGAACAAGAGCGGUUCGAAAGGCGGAGGCGGAGGGAGCGGAGGAGCUGGAGGAAGCGGAAAUGCCGGUGCAGCGGAGGGCAGGGCGAGUGCAGAGGCGAAGUGA